AUGAUUGUGGCCUGCCUGGCCGUCUCCUGGUUCUGUCUGCAAGGUCUGGCCCUCCAGAACAACCUCCUGACUUCCUUUGGUUUUGGUUCCAAAUUUUAUUUCAAAAUCUCCUGGAGCUUUAUCAACACUCUCACUCUCUGGCUGACCAGCUGGCUUGCUGUCUUCUACUGUGUGAAGAUAGCAUCCUUCUCUCACCCCAUCUUCUUCUGGCUGAAGUGGAGGACUUCUCGGUCAGUGCUCCAGCUGCUGCUGGGCUCCCUGAUCCUGUCUGGUCUGACAUCAUCAUCAGCCACCGAGAAGUCAAUUCUUGUGCAGGUGGUUGCCACCCAGAGUUCCCAUGGAAAUGACACCCUGGCUGGUAGAAUACAGGCCGUCUCUUUGCGCUUUUUUCUACCUCAUGCAAUUAUCAUGUGGUCAGUUCCAUUCCUCCCGUUCCUGGUGUCCACCCUCUCGCUCGUGUUCUUGCUGCGCCAGUACUUGGGGCAGAUGAGGGACCACAGACCCGGCCUGAGUGAUCCCAGCACCCGGGCUCACACCGCGGCCCGGAAGUCACUUGCCUUCUUUCUCAUCAUAUUUCCCGUGCCUGAUAAUUGUCGCUGUGAACAUCCCAACCCUCCGGAAGCACCGGCACUGGGCCUGGGAAGCGGGAAGCCCCUGCACUCCAGCAUCUUGGUGCACAGCAGCCCCAAGCCGAGAAAGGCGCUGAAGAAGAGGCUUCGGCGAGCCCUGGGCAAGGAGCCGUUUGUCUUGAGUUAUCAGUGUCCAUAA